AUGCCAGCUGUUAUUAUUUCAUUUAAGCUUCAGUUCAAGAACCACCUUCUCCAUGAAGUUUUUCCUAAGCCCCUCAGCUUCCUGCUCUCCUCCUACUCGACAUCACCCAUAUCUAUAUAUCAGCUGAGAAAUCUUAUCAGAGCGAGGAGAAUUGGACAGCUGCCGAGAGGGACCCAGGAGCCAGUGCGGCUCAUCCGGUAUCAGCCGGGAAGGACGCGGGGAACCUCAGGAAGAGCUCUCGUGGAACCAUCUGUGGUCACUGCUCUUGGCCUGGUGCUCUGUAUUUCCUGUCUGCUUCUAAUUUCAGUGUGGAGAAAGAGUCAUGGAAAAGGACAGCUCCCACCUGGCCCUGUUCCCUUUCCAAUUGUUGGAAAUAUGUUGCAGUUAGACUUUAAGGACAUCACCAAAUCCUUUGGCUCACUGGCGAAAAGCUAUGGUCCAGUGUUUACUUUGUACAUUGGUUCUGAGCCUGUUGUUGUGUUAUAUGGGUAUGAGGCAGUGAAAGAAGCUCUGAUUGAUCACGGAGAAGAGUUUGCUGCCAGAGGAAGUCUCCCAAUUAUUGAUGCUGUUAACAAAGGAUUGGGAAUUGUUUUCAGCAGUGGAGAGAAAUGGAAGCAAAUGCGGCGCUUCUCUCUCACGACUCUGAAGAAUUUGGGGAUGGGGAAGAGGAACAUUGAGGAGCGAGUCCAGGAAGAGGCAAAGUUCCUGGUGGAAGAAUUUAAAAAAGCAAAUGGACAACCCUAUGAUCCCAGAUUCAUCCUGGAGUGUGCUCCCUGCAAUGUCAUCUGCUCUGUCAUUUUCCAGAAACGUUUUGAAUAUGAUGAUCAGAAAUUUCUACAUUUAGUGGAGCUUUUACAAGAAAACAACAAAAUCUUGAACUCCCCAUGGAUACAGGUCUACAAUUUUAUACCAUCUCUAGUACAUUAUCUCCCAGGAUCUCACAGGAAAUUCCUUAAUAACUGGAAAAAACUGCAGACUUUUAUCUGGGAGAGAGUGAAGAAACACCAGGAGACCCUGGACCCCAACGAUCCUUGGGACUUUAUUGACUACUUCCUGAUGAAAAUGGAGCAGGAAAAACAAAACCAAGAGACUGCAUUUACCAUGGAAAACUUGGCCCAAACGGUAUCUGACCUAUUUAUUGCGGGAUCAGAGACAACCAGCAUCACUCUGAGAUAUGGACUUCUGCUUCUGCUAAAACAUCCUGAAAUAGCAGAUAAAAUACGUGAAGAAAUUGACCAUGUGAUUGGCCAAAAUCGAAGUCCUUGCAUGAAGGACAGAAGAAGUAUGCCAUACACUGAUGCUGUGGUACAUGAGAUACAGAGACACCUUGAUUUAAUCCCCUCCAACCUGCCCCAUGCAGCAAAACAAGACACUCAGUUCAGACAAUAUGCCAUCCCCAAGGGCACUAUCAUAUUUACAUCAUUGACCUCUGUUUUGUAUGAUGAGAAAGUGUUCCCCAAUGCACAGCAGUUUGAUCCAGGUCACUUCCUGGAUGAAAGUGGCAACUUUAAGAAGAGCAACUAUUUCAUGCCUUUUUCAAUAGGAAAACGGGUAUGUGUUGGCGAGGGCCUGGCUCCGAUGGAAUUAUUUCUGGUUUUUACCACCAUCUUACAGAAUUUCACCUUGAAGCCUCUCAUUGACCCAAAAGAUAUUAAUAUCACCCCAAUUGCCACUGGAUUUGUCUGUGUACUUCCUCCUUAUGAACUGUGUUUUCUACCUUCUCUGUGAAGUAGGUAAAAGACCAUGUUUGGCUUCAGCUACUCUAGUCUUGUUUUAUUAUCCUGUAAACAAUGGUAAUUUUCUCUUGCCUGGCAUUCAAGGCCCUCCAUGUUUUGGUCUUAUUCUCUUAAUCUUUUUUUACCUAAUUUCUGACUAUUCCUUUUGUCUUUGGUCAUACUAGAUUACUUGCUAUGACAGUCUUUCAUGGGAGGGAAAGUCUAAAGGGAAAAAGCAUCCAUGAAUACAACAUCAUCUCUCUUAUUAUAGUGGUGAUUGUUCAAUCUCCAUGGGGUCCUAAUCUGGAGGUGUAUGACAUUAUUUUCACUUCUUAUUUGGUCUACUUCUGGUACAUAGAAUAAUCUCUAGUGCAAUGAACUGGGUGAACUCCUUCCAAUUUUUUUCUCUAGACAACCAGGUGCACUCAUAAAUUCCUAGAUUACUCUGGAACGUGAGAGGACCACAAUGAGAGGAGACAUACACACAUAUAUUAUAUGCAUAAUAUGUUAUGUACAUAUUGUCAGGAGAUUUAUGAUUCUCAUAUUAAUUGAUAUGAUAUCUGUAAUGAUUAUACUAACUACCUAGAUUUAUCAAAACUCCCCUAUUUCCCCUAUUUCCCUAUUUAUGAUUCUCAUAUUAAUUGAUAUGAUAUCUGUAAUGAUUAUACUAACUACCUAGAUUUGUCAAAACUCCCCUAUUUCCCAGGAGAUUUGGGCUUUGAAGCCAGAGCUACAGCUGACACCUUGCAACAGAAAGUUGUUGUUGCUUGUCCUUCAUUCUGGAAGAGGACUGUGGCAUCAGGAAGGUGAUGCCAU